AUUCCUGACAUAAUGUGUCAUGUAGCAGCUUCAUACAAACCAUAACAUCACUUGCCUCUUAAGAGACUUGAGGUCAGAGGAGUCCCUCUUCUCAUACCACCUCAGUGCUACAGACACCCUCUGUGACCAUGUCUGUUAGAGCCAUGAAGACCACCACCUACUCCACUGUGUCUUCCUCCAGGGGCCCAUCCCAGGGCUUCAGCAGCCGCUCCUUCUCCGGCUAUGGUGGCCGUGGUGUGGGUAGUGGCAAGCAGAGCAUUGCUGUCCGCACAUCCUAUGGGGGCUUGGGCAGCAGUGGUUCUGCCAUGGGUGCUGGGGGGUUUAAAGUGGUUGGUGGGUAUGUUGCUGGGGGGUCUGGACAAAGAGGUGGUGGAGUUGAGUUUGGCUAUAUGGGCUUUGGUGGAGGCAUGGGAGGUGGCAUGGCCAGUGAAGUGGCGGCCCCCAUCACUGCAGUGACCGUGAACAAGAGCCUGCUGGCCCCCCUGAACCUGGAGAUUGACCCCACCAUCCAGGUGAUCCGCACCCAGGAGAAGGAGCAGAUCAAGACCCUGAACAACCGCUUUGCUACGUUCAUUGACAAGGUACGCUUCCUUGAACAGCAAAACAAAAUGCUUGAGACCAAGUGGAAACUUCUGCAGGAACAGACCACGUCUCGCUCCAACAUUGAUGUCAUGUUCGAAGCCUACAUUGCCAACUUACGUAAGCAGCUAGAUAACUUGGGUCACGAAAAAGUUAAACUGGAGUCUGACCUGCAUCACAUGACGGGCCUGGUUGAGGACUACAAAAACAAGUAUGAGGAUGAGAUCAACAAGCGUAAUGAGUGUGAGAACACCUUUGUCCUCACAAAGAAGGACACUGAUGCCGCCUACAUGAUGAAAGUAGAUCUGGAAGCCAAGCUGGAUGGGCUAUCCGAUGAGAUUGAGUUCCUGAGGCAGAUCUAUGAUGCAGAAAUCCAUGAGUUGCAGAGCCAAAUCAAAGACACAUCUGUUGUGGUAGCAAUGGACAACAGCCGUAACCUUGACAUGGAUGCUAUCGUUGCUGAAGUGCGUGCCCAGUAUGAAGACAUUGCCAACCGUAGUAGAGCCGAGGCCGAGUCAUGGUACCAGUCUAAGUAUGCAGAGAUGCAGCAGUCAGCAGGUAAAUAUGGUGAUGACCUGAAGUCAUCAAAGGCUGAGAUCGCUGACAUGAACCGCAGAAUAAUGAGGCUCCAGUCUGAAAUUGAUGUGGUUAAAUCACAGAGAAACAAUUUGGAAGUUCAAAUCGCAGAGGCUGAGGAGCGUGGUGAGCUGGCAGUGAAGGAUGCUAAACUCCGCAUCAGAGAGCUUGAAGAAGCUCUCCAGAGAGCCAAGCAGGAUAUGGCCCUGCAAGUCCGCCAGUACCAAGAACUGAUGAAUGUGAAACUGGCUUUGGACAUUGAGAUCGCCACCUACAGGAAACUGCUGGAAGGGGAGGAAGACAGGUUAGCAACUGGAAUAAAGACCACUGUAUCCAAGCAGACCUCUGUGAACUACAAUGCCUACGGCCUGGAGAGCUCCCGCACUCCAUCCUACGUCAGCUGCAACUUUGGUGGAGUCAAAGUUAGCAGUGGCCCUGUCGCCGCCUUCGAGGAAGCAGCAGUGAAGAGCACCACAGUCACCAAGACAGAAACUGUGGUGAUCAAGACUGAGGAGAAGAAGGAGGUGGAGGUGAAAGAGGAGAAAGAGGAGGUGAAGGAGGAGAAAAAGGAGGAGCAGGCAGCCAUCCAGGAGCCAGCUGCUGAGGAGGAGAAGGAGAAGGAGAAGGAGAAGGUGCAGGAGCAGGUGCAGGUGGAGGCAGAAGCUGUAGCUGAGGAGUGAUGCUGUUGUCUGAUUUAUGAAGAAAAAAGCACACCUACUCUGCUUUAUUAUGCAGUUCUUUAAUGAUUUAUUCACAAAAGUGCCUUCAUCCAAUACUGGGUGUGUUUCUACUGUCCUUCAGAUAUCCUUAACGAGAGGAUUUUUGUUCAGGUUUCUGAAAACUCUUGUAGUUCAAUAGGUUCUUUACUGUAGUCUCAGUCACUGCCUGUGGUUCAGUAAUCACACCUGUUUAACCAGCAGGUGGCACUAUUGUAUGUGUUUUCCCUGUGGCUCAUUUUUGACCAACUCAAAGCACUACUGUCACAUCAACAGUGUGACAGCAUACUGUCUGAUAGGAGCAGUUAAUAAAAAAAAAUAAAAAAAAGUUGAGCCAUCACCAUGCUGAACUCCUUAUACUAAACCUGCUGUACUCAAGCAGUUCAGUAAGAAGAAAACCAGCAACAAUAGUCUUCAUGACUUCUACUUAGAUAAACCUUUUUCAGUACAACACCUGAAGUCCUGUUUGCUCAGCAAUAAACCUUCUUCAAAAUGUG